AGCCGAUCCAAACAAUUGCGUUUCUUCAGCGAAAGAAGAUAUUUUAAAUUUUAAUAAAAAUGGCGGAGGAUAAUCGGAAGAGCAGAGUUCUGAUAAUCGGCGGCACUGGUUACAUCGGAAAGUUCGUGGUGGAAGCGAGCGCUAAGGCUGGACAUCCUACGUUUGUUCUCGUCAGAGAGAGCACCAUCGCCGAUCCUGUAAAAGCAAAACUCGUGGAGAAUUUCAAGAAUUUGGGCGUUAAAUUGAUCACUGGAGAUCUAUAUGAUCGUGAAAGUUUAGUGAAAGCGAUUAAGGAAGUGGACGUCGUGAUUUCGACUGUAGGCCAAAUGCAAUUGGCGGAUCAGAGCAAGAUCAUUGAUGCAAUUAAAGAGGCCGGCAAUGUCAAGAGAUUUUUUCCAUCGGAGUUUGGAUUGGAUGUGGAUCGACUCAAUGCAGUUGAGCCAGCAAAAUCUGCGUUGGCCAUAAAGGCAGAGAUCAGAAGGGCUAUUGAAAGGGAAGGGAUACCCUACACUUAUGUGUCCUCCAACUGUUUCAAUGGCUACUUUCUCCCGACACUGAUGCAGCCAGGACUCACCUCCCCUCCCACUGACAAGGUCAUCAUUCCUGGAGACGGACACCCCAAAGCUAUAUUUAACUUGGAGGAGGACAUCGGGAGUUACACUAUAAAAGCUGUGGACGACCCAAGAACUGAAAACAAAAUAUUGUACAUCAAUCCUCCCAAUAACACCUACUCUUUCAACGACCUCGUUGCUCUAUGGGAGAAGAAGAUCGGCAAACCAUUGGAAAAGCUCUAUGUUCCAGAACACCAAAUCCUCCGGGACAUCCAAGAGGCUCCGCUUCCAAUCAAUGUGAUUUUGGCUCUCAACCACUCGAUAUUUGUGAAGGGAGAUGAGACCAACUUUGAGAUUGAACCAUCCUUUGGAGUGGAAGCUUCGACACUUUACCCUGAUGUCAAAUACACCACUGUCGAUGAGUAUCUCUCUCGAUUUGUCUGAAUCAAUAAUUUCUUGUUGCUGAGUAAGUUGUGGGAAUUACACACACUGAAUAAUUUCUUGGUGUUGAGUGUUCUGUUCUGUAUUACAUACUAUGCUCACAUGGGUGUGUUUGAUGGUUAAUAUACAGCUUAUGAUUCUCUUUUUCUUAA